GCGGCGGGGCGGGCGCCCCGACAUGGCGGCCCGGAGCGCCCCGAACUGCCACCUGCGGCUCGAGUGGGUGUACGGCUACCGGGGCCACCAGUGCCGCAACAACCUCUACUACACGGCGGCCAAGGAGAUCGUGUACUUCGUGGCGGGCGUCGGCGUGGUGUACAGCCCGCGGGAGCAUCGGCAGAAGUUCUACCGGGGCCACAGCGACGACAUCAUCAGCCUUGCAUUGCAUCCUGAACGAGUACUGGUAGCAACAGGACAAGUUGGGAAAGAACCUUACAUCUGUGUUUGGGAUUCAUACACUGUGCAGACCGUAUCAGUUCUAAAGGAUGUCCAUACACAUGGUAUAGCUUGCUUAGCAUUCGACGUAGAUGGACAGCGCCUGGUUUCAGUUGGACUCGAUUCAAAGAAUGUAGUUUGUGUUUGGGAUUGGAAAAGGGGGAAAAUGUUAUCUAUGGCUCCUGGUCACACAGAUAGAAUAUUUGAUAUUUCUUGGGAUUUGUUCCAGCCAAAUAAACUUGUCAGCUGUGGUGUAAAACAUAUCAAGUUCUGGAGCUUAUGUGGAAAUGCUCUGACUCCAAAACGAGGGGUCUUUGGUAAGACUGGUGACCUUCAGACAAUACUGUGCCUGGCCUGUGCAAGGGAUGAAUUAACAUAUUCUGGUGCACUCAAUGGGGAUAUAUAUGUUUGGAAAGGAAUCAAUCUUACCCGAACAAUACAAGGAGCCCAUACUGCAGGAAUUUUUAGCAUGAAUGCUUGUGAAGAAGGCUUUGCUACUGGUGGCAGAGAUGGCUGUAUCCGUCUUUGGGAUUUAACUUUUAAACCAAUUACUGUGAUUGAUCUCAGGGAAACAGACCAGGGAUACAAAGGUUUGUCUGUGAGGAGUGUUUGUUGGCGAGGUGACCACAUUCUAGUUGGAACACAGGACAGUGAAAUUUUCGAAAUUGUGGUUCAUGAAAGAAAUAAACCUUUCCUAAUUAUGCAAGGGCAUUGUGAAGGUGAACUUUGGGCACUUGCCAUCCAUCCUACUAAACCUUUGGCCGUGACUGGAAGUGAUGAUCGUUCAGUCAGGAUGUGGAGUCUAGUAGAUCAUGCGCUAAUAGCAAGGUGUAAUAUGGGAGAACCAAUCCGCUGUGCAGCUGUAAAUGUAGAUGGAACCCAUCUUGCCCUUGGGAUGAAGGACGGCUCAUUCACUGUACUUCGAGUAAGAGAUAUGACAGAAGUUAUACGUAUUAAAGAUAAGAAGGAGGCAGUUCAUGAGUUAAAAUAUUCACCAGAUGGAACUUAUCUUGCAGUUGGAUGCAAUGACAGCUCAGUUGAUAUAUAUGGAGUUGCUCAGCGUUAUAAAAAGUUUGGGGAAUGUGUUGGAUCACUUAGUUUCAUUACUCAUCUCGACUGGUCCUCAGACAGUAGAUAUUUACAGACAAAUGAUGGAAAUGGUAAAAGACAUUUUUACAGGAUGCCAGGAGGAAAAGAAGUGACAAAUAAGGAAGAAAUAAAAGGUGUUCAUUGGGCUUCAUGGACAUGUGUUUCAGGCCUUGAAGUAAAUGGAAUUUGGCCCAAGUAUUCAGAUAUCAAUGAUAUAAAUUCAGUAGAUGGAAACUAUAUUGCCCAAGUUUUAGUUACAGCUGAUGACUAUGGAAUUGUAAAAUUAUUCCGGUAUCCCUGUUUGAGAAAAGGGGCCAAGUUUAAAAAAUAUAUUGGCCAUUCGGCUCAUGUAACUAAUGUCAGAUGGUCUCAUGAUUAUCAGUGGGUUAUUUCUAUUGGUGGAGCCGAUCACUCUGUCUUUCAGUGGAAAUUUAUUCCUGAAAGAAAACUAAAAGAUGCUCUUCACAUAGCACCACAAGAAAGUCUGGCUGACUCUAAUAGUGAUGAUUCAGAUUCAGAUCUAUCUGAUGUUCCAGAACUAGAUUCUGAAAUUGAGCAAGAGACACAACUCACCUACCGUCGGCAGGUUUACAAAGAAGAUCUACCUCAGCUUAAAGAACAGUACAAAGAAAAACAAAAAAGUGGUACUUCUAAAAGAAGAGAGCGGGCUCCAGGAAAUAGUAUUCGAUUACACUUUGUUCACGGUUACAGAGGUUAUGACUGUCGAAGUAAUCUGUUUUAUACUCAAAUUGGUGAAAUUGUGUACCAUGUGGCAGCAGUGGGUGUCAUUUAUAAUCGGCAGCAGAACACACAGCGCUUCUACCUGGGUCAUGACGAUGAUAUUCUCUGCCUGGCUAUUCAUCCUGUGAGAGACUAUGUGGCAACAGGCCAGGUAGGUAGGGAUCCUUCAAUUCACAUAUGGGAUACAGAGACCAUUAAACCAUUGUCGAUAUUAAAGGGCUACCACCAAUGUGGUGUCUGUGCUGUUGAUUUUUCAGCGGAUGGGAAACGGUUGGCUUCAGCUGGAAUAGAUGAUAGCCACUCUAUUGUGCUUUGGGACUGGAAGAAAGGAGAGAAACUUUCUAUAGCAAGAGGAAGUAAAGAUAAGAUUUUUGUUGUAAAGAUGAACCCCUACGUGCCUGAUAAAUUAAUUACAGCUGGAAUUAAACACAUGAAAUUUUGGCAUAGAGCAGGGGGAGGAUUGAUUGGAAGAAAAGGCUACAUAGGCGCACUGGGGAAAAAUGACACAAUGAUGUGUGCAGUAUAUGGAUGGACUGAAGAGAUGGCUUUUUCUGGAACAUCCGCAGGAGAUGUGUGUAUCUGGAGAGACAUCUUUCUUGUAAAAACAGUUAAAGCACAUGAUGGGCCAGUGUUCAGUAUGUAUGCAUUGGAAAAAGGAUUUAUAACUGGAGGAAAAGAUGGUGUAGUAGCUCUUUGGGAUGACUCCUUUGAAAGAUGUCUCAAGACCUAUGCUAUAAAAAGAGCUGCUUUGGCUCCAGGAUCUAAAGGUCUUCUCUUGGAAGAUAAUCCAUCUAUACGUGCCAUAUCAUUAGGACAUGGUCAUAUUUUAGUUGGCACAAAAAAUGGUGAAAUACUCGAAGUGGAUAAAAGUGGCCCGAUAACACUUCUGGUCCAGGGACACAUGGACGGAGAGGUGUGGGGUUUGGCUGUGCAUCCUUAUCUGCCCAUCUGUGCCACUGUAAGUGAUGAUAAAACCUUAAGAAUAUGGGAUCUCUCUCCUAGUCAUUGUAUGUUGGCUGUCCGGAAACUAAGAAAGGGUGGGAGAUGUUGCUGUUUUUCCCCAGAUGGUAAAGUUUUAGCUGUAGGACUCAAUGAUGGAAGUUUCUUAAUGGCAAAUGCAGAUACUCUAGAAGAUCUUGUAUCUUUUCACCACAGAAAAGAUAUUAUUUCAGAUAUUCGAUUUUCACCAGGUUCUGGGAAAUAUCUUGCAGUAGCAUCCCAUGACAGCUUUAUAGAUAUAUACAAUGUGAUGAGUAGUAAACGGGUGGGAAUAUGCAAAGGCGCUACCAGUUAUAUAACUCAUAUUGACUGGGAUAUUAGAGGAAAGCUUUUACAGGUCAACACUGGUGCUAAAGAACAGUUAUUCUUUGAAGCUCCCAGGGGGAAAAAACAAACCAUCCCCAGUGUGGAGGUAGAAAAAAUUGGUUGGGCAUCAUGGACAAGUGUGCUUGGUUUAUGCUGUGAGGGAAUUUGGCCAGUAAUUGGAGAAGUCACAGAUGUAACUGCCUCUUGCCUCACCAGUGACAAAAUGGUCCUAGCUACUGGGGAUGAUUUAGGAUUUGUGAAGUUAUUUAGAUAUCCUGCUAAAGGAAAAUGUGGAAAGUUUAAGAGGUAUGUGGCCCAUAGUACACAUGUCACAAAUGUUCGCUGGACUUAUGAUGACAGCAUGUUGGUUACCUUAGGAGGUGCAGAUAUGUCUUUAAUGGUUUGGACAAAUGAAAUGGAGGGCUAUCGAGAAAAGAGGCCUUGUGAUAGUGAAGAAUCUGACAUAGAUUCUGAAGAAGAUGGGGGUUAUGACAGUGAUGUUACAAGGGAGAAUGAAAUCAGUUACACCAUCAGAGCCUUAUCAACAAAUAUUCGCCCAAUGUUUGGAAUCAAGCCUCAUUUGCAACAAAAAGAACCCUCAGUUGAUGAGAGGCAGGGCAUAGUAAGAGGUUCCAGGCCCCCUGUGAGCAGGGCCCCACCGCAGCCAGAGAAACUCCAGACAAAUAAUGUAGGCAAGAAAAAGAGACCUAUAGAGGACCUAGUGUUGGAGCUUGUUUUUGGCUAUCGAGGAAGAGACUGUAGGAAUAAUGUUCACUAUUUAAAUGAUGGUGAUGAUAUAAUUUAUCACACUGCGUCCAUUGGAAUUCUACACAAUGUUGCUACAGGGACUCAGAGUUUUUAUCAGGAACAUAACGAUGAUAUUCUGUGCCUCACAGUAAAUCAGCACCCCAAAUUUAUCAAUAUAGUAGCAACUGGCCAAGUAGGUGAUUUAGCAGACAUGUCAGCUACAGCUCCUUCUAUCCACAUCUGGGAUGCAAUUAACAAGCAGACUUUAUCUAUACUAAGAUGCUACCAUUCAAAGGGAGUGUGUUCAGUCAGCUUCAGUGCUACUGGCAAACUCUUGCUGUCUGUGGGACUGGACCCAGAGCAUACUAUUACCAUUUGGAGAUGGCAAGAAGGUGCCAAAAUUGCCAGCAGAGCUGGUCAUAACCAACGUAUCUUUGUGGCAGAAUUCCGACCGGAUUCGGAUUCCCAGUUUGUGUCUGUGGGAGUAAAGCACGUGAAGUUCUGGACACUGGCAGGACGGGCUCUUCUUAGCAAAAAAGGGCUCCUGCGCCCCUUGGAGGAUGCACGGAUGCAGACCAUGCUCGCUGUGGCCUUUGGUGCAAGUAACUUGACGUUUACAGGUACUAUCAGUGGAGAUGUCUGUGUGUGGAAAGAUCACGUACUGUGUAGGAUCGUGGCCAGAGCUCACAACGGGCCUGUGUUUGCCAUGUACACCACACUGCGAGAUGGACUUAUUGUGACUGGUGGCAAGGAAAGGCCGUCGAAGGAAGGAGGAGCAGUCAAACUGUGGGACCAGGAGCUCAGGCGCUGCCGUGCCUUCAGGCUUGAGACAGGACAAGGCACAGACUGUGUUCGCUCUGUGUGCAGGGGCAAAGGCAAGAUACUAGUUGGGACAAGGAAUGCUGAAAUAAUUGAAGUUGGAGAGAAAAAUGCAGCAUGUAAUAUUUUAGUUAAUGGUCAUGUGGAUGGACCCAUAUGGGGACUAGUGACACAUCCUUCCAGGGACUUUUUCCUUUCUGCUGCAGAAGAUGGGACAGUGAGACUCUGGGAUAUUGCUGAUAAAAAGAUGCUAAACAAAGUGAAUUUGGGACAUGCUGCUCAGACUGUGUGUUACAGCCCUGAAGGGGACAUGGUGGCUAUUGGAAUGAAAAAUGGAGAAUUUAUUAUUUUACUGGUGAGCUCUUUAAAAAUAUGGGGAAAGAAGAGAGAUAGACGAUGUACAAUUCAUGAUAUCAGGUUUAGUCCAGAUUCCCGAUUUCUGGCAGUGGGUUCUAGUGAGAACUCAGUGGAUUUUUAUGACCUAACAUUGGGCCCCACCCUUAACAGAAUCAGCUACUGCAAAGACAUCCCAAGCUUUGUCAUUCAAAUGGACUUCUCUGCAGACAGCAGAUAUCUCCAGGUCUCCACUGGUUGCUAUAAACGGCAUGUCUAUGAAGUGCCUUCAGGAAAACAUCUUAUGGAUCAGGCUGCCAUUGACAGAAUUACUUGGGCUACAUGGACUAGUAUUCUAGGAGAUGAAGUCAUGGGAAUCUGGUCCAGACACGCAGAGAGGGCCAAUGUCAACUGUGCCUGCGUCUCUCAUUCAGGAAUCAGCCUUGUAACAGGGGAUGACUUCGGCAUGGUUAAGUUAUUUGACUUCCCAUGUCCUGAAAAAUUUGCAAAGCACAAAAGGUUCUUUGGUCAUUCACCCCAUGUGACAAAUAUUCGAUUUACCAGUGGUGAUCGACAUGUUAUUAGUGCUGGAGGCGAUGACUGCAGUUUAUUUGUCUGGAAAUGUGUACAUAUGCCUCACUGAAAGAUAUGGAUGCUCAGAAGACUCUUCAUAAAUUAACACCCUUGAGAGACCAGAAUUACAGAAGAGGGAGGAAAAAACCAGAACCACUGUGUGGUCAAGUGGUGCUAACCUAAGAUUGUUAACAGGGAUAAAUGUCCAGAAUCAUCAAAACAGAAGAUUGGAGAUUCAAAAUAUGUGCUCUAUGUACUGGAUAGCUGUUCAUAAUCCAUACACUGCCAGAUAAUUACAUUUCAAGGAAGAGGUGAAUGAACCCAUGCUGGUGAAAGCCAGCCCCCCCCCCCGCCCCACUUUGGGGGAGUGUGCAAAUCUGGCAGACCUGCUGAGGUGGGUUAGGGGACAGCACUUCUCAAAAAGCAAACUAAAACCUCAAAAACCCAACGUGGAUAGUUUUCUUUUUUUUAGCAAAUCUGUUUUUCUUUUUAGAAUUUAUAUUUUAUUUUCAAGGUUCAUUGUCUAAAUUUUAUCCUUAUAUUUACAUAAGGAAACACCAUCACCGACAAAGGAUCAGUUUUUAAAAGGCAAAUAUCAUUAUCCCUAAGGAAAUACACACAGGCUUUACUGGAGUAUUAAUGCUGCUUAAGCAUAAUAAAGCUCUUUAUAAAGUACAUUUUUCUCUUGACAGUUUCAAAUUCAGGAACAAAUCCAAAGUUAGUAGUAUAUGAUCACUACAAUUUCCUUUCUGCUGUCAAUCUUUUUAUAUUCAGAAGUUGUCUCCAUAGUUGAAAAGUAGAAACAUUAUAGCCUCAUUAAAGAAAAAGUAGUAUGAUGAUCAUUUCCCAUGGUGUACAAUUUAAGGCUUUAGAUAGGAACAGUAUUUAAAACUGGGAGAGAAUAUUGAAUAUUUAAAGAUGUAGUCUGUAAGAAAUAUGUUUAAACAUGUAAAGUGUUAAAUUCAUAUUUACGUUAUACAAUUUAGUAACUUGACAUUUUUAGUUUUUCUACUGGAAAAAUUUAAUUAGAUGAAUGCCUCCCCAUGGGUCAACAUCCAAAAGGAAUGAGUACAGGUGUACUUGCAAGACUUGUCUAUUGAAACUCCUUUUUGGCGGAUUGGGGCUAAACUCUUUAAGAUCUUUAUUCACUUUAAAUGCUGCCAAAGAUCAGUACUUGCCAUUCAGGAAUUUGCUGUUUAACCUAUUUGUAGUUUCCUGAAGAUUGGAAAUUAUGUAGACUGCUAUUUAAAAAUAUAUUUUUCUAAGUGUGAAAAAGUUUAAGAUGCUCUAUUGUCUUAAAAUUUUUUAUUUUAAUGUGUUAAUUAUCUUUGUAGCAGAAUAGACACCUUCAAGUUUCCAGAAAUCUCAGCUUGGUUUGACAAGACAUGGAGAUUCCUAGUAAUAUAUUUUGUAUGUCCAACUCCUUGUAAAUACUAAGAACAGAAAUGGCUGAAUUAUAUCACAACCUAACUAGUGACUAACCCUGGUCAGUUUUAAAGUCUGAAUAGCUAUGUCUAGAGGACUAAUUUAAGGCAUUAAGGAGCUUGAAACAUAAGAUCAUAUUCUUUCAUUAUUUAUCUCAAUCGAUUCUCCCAAAUUAAGCUAAAUUUUAGAAUACCUUUAAUGUUACGUUUCUAUUCAUAUAUAUUAUAAAGGCGGAAGUAAGGAAAAAAAUUCCCCUGAACCACCCUUUCCAUUUUUGAACCUGUUAAAGUUUACAGAUUUUCCAAAUUUGCCAGCUUUUGGCUAAAGAGAAAUUCCACUUUACAGAUAGAAACACUAUACCCUUAAGUAAACUUAUAUAUGAUAAAACAGGUUUCACUGCGUUUGUGUUCUUCCAGUGGCCAGUCUAACAAGCCAGGCUUAAUCACUGCUGUCAGCUUCACGAGCAAAGGUCAUGUUGAUUUUAAGCAGUCAGUCAUCCCACAAGCACCUUGCUUACACCAGCCAUCAGCUAAGGGAAGAUGAAUAACCACAAUGGGCUGUGUAUAUUCUGUCCUGUGUUUAUUGUUCUGGCCCAGAGAAUUAUUUUAUCAUGUACAGUGUGUAAGCUCCUGUUUGGACCUUAGGGCUUCUCCCAGCGCCUCCACUCCCGAUUCGGUGUACCCACACAUUCCAAAGCACACUGCUGCCACUCACGCGUGCCCUUGCCAUGCUCAUUCCCUUCUUUUUGUGACCCCUUUUUGAUGGUAGUUCAAGUUAUACAACGAAUGUCUUAUCAACCUUAGCUUGCCCAUAAACCAUAACCACUGAAAGAUUAAAACUCUUAAAUGUGUUUCCAGGCAAUAUAUAUUAAAUGCCAAAACCUAGUCUGGUUUUAGCAUGUUACUGACUUGUAAAAUGGCCUAACUGAACCACUUAAGCCCUUGUUCCCCAUUUAUGUUCUUUAUCGUGAAAUCCAACUAUAUACCAGAGCUACAUACUAAGAGUCUUUAAAUUUCUAGAGACAAUUCACAACAAAUUUCUUCCACAGAGAUGUAAAGCAUCUCCAGUAAAGAGCCCUGGAGAGAGCAUCAGAGGGGCACACUCUGGCUGACGUGAACGGCCCCUUCACCCAGGCCGCACUGCGCGGUGGCCCAGUGCCCCAGUGUGCUUUGUCUUCCUGCUUCUGGCUUCGCCAGGGUUUGGACCCAGCACAGCAAAGUGCAGCUGACAAAAUGGUUUCGUAACUGGUUAAUUCUUUCUUCUCCCAAUAGAAAAGCAAUGGCCAAAAAAACAACAGCCUGAUUGUUUUAUGCUCUUAAACUUGGACUUUUACACAUGUGGUUUUGUUAUCACUUGGGUAUAUAUAUGAACGCUGUUUUUUAAGAGUUAGCUUAAUUUGGUCCUGAGAAUAUUUUGAGUACUUUCCCUUUUGCAUUAAUUCACUCUUUUCUAACCAAGUUUUAGCUUUACUUUUUAAAAACUUCUAUACAUCAAGUCUUUAAAAUUAGUGAUCCAUUUGUUAUUUCAUCCUAAAGCAUUUGACACUUCUUGCCUUAACUAGUUUAAAAACCACACACACAAAACUGUAUGUAUUCAGUAGUCCAAAAGUUUAGUCCUAUUUUGUGGUUUACCCAUCUAAUUUCUGUAAUUAUAUUGUCUGUCAUUUAAAAUAUACUAUUUAAAUCUAAUUUCUACAUUUAAAAAAUUAUCUUCAGUAAUAAUGAAGUAUAUUUUCUGUGGGAUUAUUUCUCAGAAUGUUAUUUUUCAGAAUGUGAGAAUAUCUAUGUAUAGGUGUAAUCUUGGGAGUUUAAAGUCUGUUUUCUGAUACCUUAUGUAUAUACCUGUAAAAAGUUUUGUAUAAUUUUGUGAUAAUGUAGUUCCCUAAAAUAUUUAUUUAAAAAGUACAUGUUAAUAGUAAAUGAAAGCGUUUUAAGGAAUUGUUCAUGGUUUUUCACUUGCCGUUCCAGCUGUUCCCACCCCUUUCCACCCUGCUGCAGGUCACCCCAGUCAUCCUUCUCUGAGGAUAAGUGACUCGCUAUUUGGGAACCACUUAGCAAAGUGAUAUCCACCCUGAGGAGCCUGUAUUGUUAUCAUCAUGCUUUUCAAACUAAAUUCACUUAAAAUUAAAAAGGAUGGAAUGAGUUGGCCA